AUGUCCAAAGUCUGGCUCAUCACCGGCUGUUCCUCCGGGUUCGGCCAGCAAAUUGCUCUCGCAGCCCUCGCCCGCGGAGACACCGUCAUGGCCACAGCCCGCAACCCCCGAACCCUCACGGAUCUUGCCAGCAAAGGCGCCAUCGUUGAACGACUGGACGUUACCGACACAGACGAAAACCUUGCUGCGUCUGUCAAUGGCUUCCUAUCCAAGACGGGUGGCAAGCUUGACAUACUCGUUAACAACGCCGGAUACAUCCUGUCCGGUGGCGUGGAGGAAUGUAGCCGCGCCGAAGUCCAGGCCACAUUCAACACCAACGUUUUCGGGCAGCUGAACGUUCUCCGAGCCGUACUGCCCGUCAUGCGGAAGCAGCGGAGCGGCAUCAUUGCCAACCUUGGCAGCAUCGGCGGCUGGUCCGGCUCGCCAGCUGCAGGAUUAUACUGCGCCACCAAGGCGUGCGCCGCCAUGAUCUCCGAGUCACUGCGGCUCGAGGUCGCCCACCUGGGCAUUAAGGUUGUCUGCAUCGAGCCGGGAUAUUUCCGCACCAACUUCCUUGCACCGGGCCACCGAACCCGCGCUGCCACGGUCAUUGACGACCUGGCGGCCGGGGUCGACGGGACCAUCACCGCUCUGGACGCGUAUGACCGCCAACAACCGGGAGAUCCGGCUAAAGGAGCUUCGGUCAUCGCCGAGGUACUCACUGGUACGGGAAGGGCCGCUGGUCGAGAGUUGCCGCCGCGACUUGUUGUGGGGAGGGACGCUUACGAGAUCAUCUCGGGGAAUCUAGAUCGCAACCGGGCCAGCUUGGAGGCCUGGAAAGAUGUGACUACGACAACUGACUGCGAUGCAUAA